CUCGUGAUGACAGCAAAUGACAGCACCGUCCGCCCUAGCUGAAUCCAGUUGGAGACUGCUAACCGCCAACAAACAAUUCUUCUAACUCGAGGCAUUUUAUGACCGUCUGUGUUUAGAGGUGUUGUGAACAUUCAGUGCAGGCUAGUUGGACUUGUGUUGCAUCUGUCUGCUUGCGUGAGCCCUUAAAGAUGGUGAAGCCAGACAUUCACACUCUGGCCCACCACCUGAAGCAGGAGCGGCUUUAUGUGACGUCUGAGAAGCAGCUGAUUCAGAGGCUCAACAGUGAUGUCCUGAAGACAGCUGAGAGGCUGUACCGGGCCGCGUGGAUCGCCAAGCAGCAGAGGAUCAACCUCGACCGUCUCAUUCUCACCAGUGCGGAGGCCUCCCCGGCCGAGUGCUGCCAACAUGCCAAAAUGCUGGAAGAUACACAGUUUGUCGACGGCUACAAGACGCUGGGUUUCCAGGAAACGAUCUAUGGGGAGUUCCUGGCCAGGUUGAGGGAGAAUCCCAGACUGGUUGCUUCCUGUCUGGUGGCAGGAGAGAGGCUGAACCAGGAGCCCACCCAGGGAGUCAUUCACACAGUCUUUACCUCUCUUUAUGGCAACUGUAUUAUGCAGGAGGAUGAGAGCUACUUACUGCAGGUGCUAAGAUACCUGAUAGAGUUUGAGUUGAAGGAGAGCGACAACCCUCGGCGUUUACUGCGGCGUGGAACCUGUGCCUUCAGCAUCCUGUUCAAGCUGUUCUCUGAGGGUCUUUACUCAGCCAAGCUCUUCCUUACCGCUACCCUCCAUGAACCUAUUAUGCAACUGCUGGUGGAGGAUGAGGACCACUUGGAGACUGACCCAGCCAAGGUGGUGGAGGGCCUCACACCAGCCCAGCGGGAACGCUUCGGGGAGAAAGGCUCCGAAGGUUACAAGCAAAGGGUGCAGGCCGCCGUUGAAGCCAACGAAGCCAAGCUGGUCGCUCUUGUGAACAAGUUCAUCGGUUACUUGAAGCAAAACACCUACUGCUUUCCACACAGCCUGCGCUGGAUCGUGUCCCAAAUGUAUAAGACUUUGUCAUGUGUGGAGCGCCUUGAAGUGGGCGAGGUGCGCACCAUGUGCACGGACCUGCUGUUGACCUGCUUCAUUUGCCCAGCUAUAGUCAACCCGGAGCAAUAUGGCAUCAUCUCAGAUGCACCCAUCAAUGAGGUCGCCCGCUUUAAUCUGAUGCAGGUGGGUCAGCUUUUGCAGAAGCUGGCCAUGGCUGAUGAUGAUGCAGACCCAAGGAGGAAAAGCACCUUGUCGAAGUUUGAUAAGAGUUGUGUUGCUGCUUUUUUGGAUGUGGUGAUUGGAGGACGAGCGGUUGAGACUCCUCCCAUGUCGGCCAUGAAUCUCCUGGAAGGCCUGAGUAGGACCGCCGUCUACAUAACUCAUAACCAACUACUUGCACUGGUGGACUUUGUUCGUGUUGUGAUAGGUGGGGACCACCUUCGUGAAGAGGAGCAAAUGGCUUUAGAGACCAUGCUGGCUAAUGUACCCCAAUCUAGAGCCACCAAGAGCAACAGUCUGGAGCUAACUCCCUCCAACACGCCUCAGCUUUCUCCAGCUACCACUCCUGCCAACAAGAAGAACAGACUACCUAUAGGACAACAUUUAGCUGCUAUAACAUCUUGGGACCCUACAGCCACCAAUCUGUGUGCUCACAUUCCAUUAGUAACCCCUUUUGCGGGGGCUCGAAGCCGCAGCCGUACCAACAUCGCCCAGGAGGGGGAGGCAGAGGCCAGCUCCCAAGAGUCCAUACAAGAGCUGAUGCCAGAGGAGGUGCUGGUAAUUUCUCUGGGCUCUGGCCCUCUGACUGUCCCUGGGAUGAUGUCAGAGAAUGAGGUUUUAAACAUGCAAAUGGCUUAUGGGACCCAAGUUGAUGGUCACGCGGAUGAAGCUAAGCUUCAUGGGAAACCAGACAAAACCCUGCGCUUUUCACUCUGCAGUGACAACUUAGAGGGCAUCUCUGAGGGCCCUUCCAAUCGUUCCAAUUCUGUGUCAUCCCUGGAUCCGGAAGUGGAGUCUAUUUCUGACUCAGGAGCCGGACCGUCAGGGAGCAACGGCGUCGAGGCUCUGCAGCUUUUAGAGCACGAACAAGCGACCACCCAGGACAACCUGGAUGACAAACUGCGCAAGUUUGAGAUCAGAGAUAUGAUGGGCCUGACCGACGACCGUGAUAUCUCAGAGACGGUCAGUGAAACUUGGAGCACUGAUGUGCUGGGCAGUGACUUUGACCCGAAUAUGGACGAGGACCGACUGCAGGAAAUACCAGCUGCAGAGAACAUGCUUGGCAGCCUGCUGUGUCUUCCUGGCUCCGGUUCAGUUCUGCUGGACCCUUAUGGAUCCACCAUCUCUGAGACCACAAGUGAAGCUUGGAGCGUGGAGGUCCUUCCCAGCGACUCAGAAGCUCCAGAUCUGAAGCAGGAAGAGCGCCUGCAGGAGCUGGAGAGCUGCUCUGGUGUUGGUAGUACCUCAGAUGACACUGAGGUCAGAGAAGUGAGCUCUAGACCCAGCACACCAGGCCUCAGUGUGGUUUCAGGAAUUAGUGCAACGUCGGAGGACAUCCCCAACAAGAUUGAGGAUCUGCGGUCAGAAUGCAGCUCCGAUUUUGGAGGAAAGGAUUCUGUGACAAGUCCAGAUGGGGAGGAGUCAAGUCACGGAGGCCAUAAUUUGACAUCUCCACCUUCACAACCAGAUUCCUUACUCGCCAUGUUUGAUCCCCUCUCCACUGGUGAAGGCUCCUCCACAGGGACAAUAGUUAGACCAAAAGUGCACUAUGUGCGGCCUCCUCACCCUCCUCCCGACCCUCCCAUCCCUGAAGCCAGCGCUGUGGCCCCCGAGAUUCGCCAUUCCCUUUUGGGUGAACUGGAGCUCAUCAAGCAGCGCCACUCUUUCCCUGAUCGGCUGGUCCGCAGCCGCAGCUCCGACAUCGUGUGCCCAGGCCGCCGGCCCACCAGCGACCCCGGCCUCAACAGGCGGGUGGCAGUAGAAGAGCGGGAACCCGGCGGGGCUUUUGCCUUAGGGCCAUCCUCGUCGCCCAGCAAGGACUCUCUGAAAGGAGAGGUAGAAGACAGGAAAGAUAGCGACGAUGAGAAGUCUGAUCGCAACAGACCGUGGUGGAAGAAACGCUUCGUCUCCGCCAUUCCCAAAGUGCUGUAUUGGACGGCUGAGAGCGAUGCUCCAGCUCCCAUGGCAGCGUUUAGGAAAAGAGACAAACAGGAGAAGGAUGAUGUUGGGCAGGAGCGAGUCCUACCAGAUGAGCCACUGCACAGACAGAUCACUCAACCGCAGGCAGCUGAAGACAUUCUGGACAAGUACAGGAACAUCAAGAGGACAAGCCCCAGCGACGGAACCACGGCAGGAGCAUCCUAUGACGGCUCAGGAGAUAUUUGUGUUGAAGACGGCGACUGUCACAGAGAAGAUGGUCUGCAGAACAUUCCUGCGGAUGACCUCCUAGACUCGGCUAGCCAGACGGCACAACAACACGAUUCCAAAUUCUCUUUCAGUGAUGCAAAGAAAAAGUUGAGGUUGGCUUUGUGCUCAGCAGACUCGGUGGCUUUGCCCAUCAUGGCUCCGGCAACCACACGCAACGGCCUGCCUGAUCACAUGGAUCCUGAAGACAAUGAGAUCGUCUGCUUUCUGAAGAUCCAGCUCGCAGAAGCCAUCAACCUUCAGGAUAAGAACCAGAUGGCUCAAAUCCAGGAGACCACUCGCUGCGUCGGCCGCUUUGACCCCCGCACCUGCAGGAAGCUGCUGGCUGCUAUUGCAGAAGAUUACAGGAAGCGGGCUCCCUACAUAGCUUACCUCACCAGAUGCCGCCAGGGCCUGCAGACCUCUCAGGCUCAUUUGGAGAGGCUCCUUCAGAGGGUUCUGAGAGACAAAGAGGUGGCUAACCUCUACUUCACCACCGUCUGCGUCCGGCUUCUUCUUGAACAUAUGGAGUCAAAGAUGCUCGACUUCAUUAAAGCGUUCCAGGGGUGCACAGCAGCUGAUGACAAGACGGCGGCAGUGGAGGAUUUUCUGCGCUAUUUGUACGGUGCCAUGGCCCGUGAUGCCAUUUGGCAAUAUGCAAGCGAGGACCAGCUGCAGGAUGCCCAGAUGGCUAUCGAGCGCAGCGUUAUGAACCGCAUCUUCAAACUGGCCUUCUACCCCAAUCAGGAUGGAGAUAUUCUCCGAGACCAGCUUUUCCACGAACACAUCCAGCGGCUCACAAAGGUUGUCACAGCAAAUCACAAAGCUCUUCAAAUCCCAGAGGUUUACCUGAGAGAAGCUCCCUGGCCCUCUGCACAGGCUGAGAUCAGGUCCAUCAAUGCUUACAAGACCCCUCGAGACAAAGUCCAGUGUAUUCUGCGCAUGUGUUCCACCAUCAUGAACCUCCUGAGCCUGGCUAAUGAAGACUCCGUCCCAGGAGCAGACGAUUUUGUUCCCGUGCUCGUUUUUGUGCUCAUAAGGGCAAACCCGCCCUGCCUGCUGUCCACCGUUCAGUACAUCAAUAAUUUCUACGCCAGCCGGCUGAGUGGGGAGGAGUGCUAUUGGUGGAUGCAGUUCACCGCAGCGGUGGAAUUCAUUAAGACCAUCGAUGAUCGCAAGUGAAGCAGAACAGCCACCUGUAUGGGCAGACUGCAGGGGAAGGAGCCGGGAGACUGGGAGACUUCCCAACCAACUGCUCCUUUUGCACAGCUUAGGAAGCCUGGCCCUCUGCCUGCUCUGUAUUUGUAUAGCUUGUACAUAGCCAGAGACGUGGACAGAAAACAAAAUAUAUAUACCUGUAUGUGAACAAGUUCAGGUUUUGCAAAAC